GAUAAAAUGUUGAAGCAUGUUGUUCAAAGUGUAACUGGGAAGUUGUUUCACAGCACACAAAAGAGCACGUCAAUAGCGUUGGUGCAGCUGCACAUUGUGCUACUUAUGUGCCAUGCAGGAGACAGAGGUGAGACCAGUUUGCCCCAUUGACUCCAGUUACACUAUGAUGGAUCUGCUCUCACUGCACAGGGACAUUAAUCCAAUCUCACGUUGCUGUAGCAGUAAGCAUGAAAGGUUUUGUGUCUUGGAAUACGGCCAGAGACAGACUCAAACUGCUAAUCACAGCAAGAGGAAAUUUUACUUCCAACCCAAACCUUGCAUUCCUUGCUACAAAGUUGUUUUUGCUGGUUUUUUGGGGGUUGUUUUUUUUUUUUUUUUUUUGGCUGCAUAAGCUCCCUCUCCAAUGCUUUCCACACUACUUUUAAUUUACUGGAAGGGAGUAAACAUGGAAAGGGGAUAUAAGUUUGUCCUCCCCUCCCACACGUACACAGCUGCUGCAGAACUAAAAAUCCUUCACUCCUGCGGCUGCAGACAGUCCCUACCAGACUAGACUCCAUCCUGCAGUGAAGGAAAUGCAGUGCAGGUUUGCUGGGAAUUCAGCUAGGCAGUUCUCAGGAGGUACAGACAAGAUCAGGGAGGGACAUAGCUCAUCUCUCCUCCUGAAAGACCUGCAGAAAUGCUCUGGAAAAGCAACAAAGCCUGGAGCUGAACAAGCUUGGACAUGUUAGGAGAUUCUUGAUGUUUGGGGUGGCUUGAGAGGGUGCCCUGCUGUAAAGCUUUGCUGGAACUGCCCCAGCAAGAAGCUGGGACAUGAGGGCACAGAAUAUGCACUUUUACAGGCCCUUGGAGACCUCCAGGUCUAGACACACUAAGGAGAAAAUCUUCAGGGAAGCCACAUGUAAAUCCUGGGUCAUUUCCAGAAGCUGGAAGUCCUGAGUGAAGUGCUGCUACCAGACACUUGACUCUGCUGCUAUUACAGUGUAUAAAAACGGGAACAGGGCCCGUGACAAACUGACUGAGCCAAAGCCCAAGUGAUUUGGAGCACACUGCACCGGGAGAAGUGGCAGCAUGCAGCCCAGGAGAGCUGGAACUCCCAGAUCUCUGGUAGUGUACCAGGUACCAGGGAAGUGGCUGUGCUGCCAUGGAGCUCCUGUGUCACUGCAGCAGUGCCUGCCUGAGGCCUUGUUAUGUAAAAGAUAUGGUUAACACUGCUCACGGUCCGCUUUUUACAUCACCCGCAGCCACGCUACAGUGCUAAUUGGACUGGAUCAUAAGUAAUUGGCAAGAACACUUAAUAGUCUAAUUUAUUCACUGAGAGGGAGACCAUCAAAGGUACAAAGUCAAUUGGGGCCUCAAUUCUGUUUGAGCAUUUGGGAAAAAAGGAGGAAAAAAAGGCAAAAUAACAACUCCCCUUCUACAGUCUCUGAUGCUAGAUGUGCAAUAUUGCUGUCCUGUAACAACAGUUGUCAUUAGUGGGAAAUGCACAAAACUUGCUCCGGGUAAUUUGUCUGGCUUGUCUGAGGGCCCAGUCACCACCCAGUGCAGAAGGCAGUGGAAUCCUCUCAGAUGGAACAGGACCCAGCCUCCAAGCCUUUUCAAGUUCCCACACCACCAAAGGGUGUUGCCAAUCCUUAUGGGAGGGUGAGUUUGUAGAAGCAAGUAGAGCGCAACCAAUUUGCAGCAAAACCAGUCACAAACACCCUCUUAACACCAAGCAUCUGAGGAGACGCCAUCCUGUUUGAAGGGGUGGGUUGUGCAGCUGAGUUCCUGGUUCCUUGUGCCUUCCUGCUGCCACACUCCUGAUCUGAUGCUGUGGAUGCUGUCUGCCAGACAUUGGACACUGCUGCAGGCAGACUCUUGGGCUGCCUUUGAAGAAGGCAAACUUGCCAGUCCUUAACCAACCAGCAAAGAUAUUGAAACCCAUGUUGAAGAAAUAAGCCUAAAAGUUCUCCCAGAGAAGAUACACUAUAGAAAGGUAAGUUUAGGAUGCGGAGACUCCCCAGCACUGCUUGUAGCUGAACCACAGCUGUGAAACGCUGCCAUUAAAGCCUGUGUGGAUUACUAGUAAGAUGGAUGCUCGACAUAAGUUGAAGAUUUUGGUGAUAUUUCUGUCUCUGGCUACUUUCACAGUCAUGGUGAUAAUGAACGCUGGAAAUGCCACUGGGACUUUCAAAGGUCUGUUCAGGACAACCCCUGGAAACAUCUCAGCCAAGUACAGCACUGAUUUCACACCAGCUGGCUGGACUUUCCUCAUCUGGAACGUCAUCUACACCUGGCAGCUUGCCUGGCUUCUCUAUGCCUUGUCAGGGAUCUGUCGAAGGAAUGAACUUGGAUAUGUCUUCAUAAAGCCAGACUUGCUGCCAAUACCUUUUUAUGUGGCGUGGUGUCUGAAUAAUGGCCUCAAUGUUGGAUGGCUCUUUCUGUGGGACCGAGAAUAUCUUCUUCCAGCCCUGGUGUUCCUGGUAGUCCUCUCUCUUACCACAUGUGCUUCCCUGUUUGUUUCCCACCGAGCCUUGAGCAUCCAUUCCUCAUGGUUUGUGAAGGGUCACAAAGCUGAGCUCUGGCUCAUCCGCAUUCUGGUCCAGAAUGGGCUGGCACUGUACAUGACAUGGACCAGCAUCGCCACACUGCUGAACUUUGCUGUUGUGCUGAUCUACAAGUGGAACGUGAGCGAUGAGAAAGCAACCACUGCUUCCCUGAGCAUCCUGGCACUCAGCCUGGUGGUAUGGUUUUAUCUAGAAAACUACUUUCUUGACAAGUAUGUCCGCUACAACCUCACAGUGUACCCAGUGGUCAUAGCAGCUCUGACUGGCAGCGCGUGCAGGAACAGGUCGUUUUCAUCCCCACUGACCAACGACGUCUUUAUAGUUGUUCUGCUGGCACUGACGUGCUUGAUCUUUGCUGUUCGGCUGGGAUUAGUCACAUGGAGACACUGGAAGAGGCCACUGGAAACAUCAGAAUCCCGAGGUCUAUCAGGCAUAGUGGCCUGAGACCUCUGGCACACUGUGGCUGAUACUUGAAAGGGAGAAAAAAGAAUUGGGCAUGAGCUGGUCCUUCCUUCCUGUAGCAAUUUCCUUGUGCUUUUCUCUCAUAUUCUCCAUUUCAAAUGCAGAUGUCUUGCAUCUGCAAAUGUCUUGCUCCUACGUUCUCUCAGAUCAGCUACUCACAACCCUGGCUUGAAUUCCUUUGGUUUUACCCUGGAAAAGUUCAGGAAAAGGUCCUGAGCAGCCCCGUGCACCUUUGUGAUGCCUGGGCUGUGGCUCUCUUCUCCUGCCAGUGCAAGGAGGGGUGCCAACAGGUGCCCAGCAGGCUUGCACACAGAGUUGUUCUUGUUCUUUCCUUGGUAGCUCACUUUCUUUGAAGUGCAGACCUAAGUGAACUGUCCCUAGGAUUCCAGGAGAGCAGUGGGAGGUCUGUCAUUCCCUUGUCCAUUGGUGCUGAGCAUCCUCAAGCCCUGCAGAUCUCAGCAGAUCUCCUGCAGGCAUCCACAGCUCCUUUCCCUGCUUCUCUUCAGCGUGACAGGAACAGAUACUACAAUUUGAUAUCUACCUUUGCAGUGUCAGCUCUGAUGUUUGAUAUUCAAGGGGGCAGGGGGAGUGACUGAAGAUUUUUGACACAAAUAUGUUGCCUUUCCCUGAGCUGUGCACAGUUUGGGCUGGCUGGAUGUCUCUCACUGGGGAGGGUUUGUGGCUACUCUGGAAGGAGGUUAAGUGUACAGAUGAGCUGGUACCUGAUCUGGGGUAAAGCCUGAUGCUUCAAAGGAAGUCUGUUUAAAAAAAAGAAAGGAAAAAGUGAACCAGUAGAGCAAGUUCAUCCUGGAUCAGUGCUUUCUCAUGUGGCUUCACCACUUCUGAGUUGGGAUUAGGAAGCCUAAAACUAGAUUAACUGAAUUUUUGGACCACUGCCUCUCCUUCCUGUGCCUAAUGGAGAGUUGGUGGUGUACAGGUGUCUGGAAAGUCUGCAUGGGGAAGGUGCUUUCAGAUGUUGAACAUCUUGCAGUACUAUUAACAAAGCUAAAUUCUAAAUCUGUGCUGUUGUUUACAUUUAACAAAACCCAAAAGCAGUGUAAUGCAGUUACUCUCAUCAUCACUCUGCUGUGUGGUUUUUUUGAUUUUCAAAUAAAUCAGCUAAUUCUA